GGGGCCGCGGGAUGCCGCUGCGGCUGCGGAGCUGUCCGCGAACCGCGCAGCCGCGGAGCCCGAGCAUCUCUUAGCCGGCGGCGAGCGCGACGCGAGCCAGGGCGAGGGCUGGCAAGGGGGGCCGGGGACCCCGGCAUCUGGCAGUUUCCUCGCAGCCUCGACGUUCGUUUAUUUCCAAGAGCGCAGCCCUCCUGCGCCGCGGCGCCGAGUCGAGCCGAGCCCCGGCCUGGGCUGCCGCCGAAUGAAGCCGGGGGCCAGCGGCGGCGCGUGGGCCAUGGUGCGGCUGAGCUCCGAGCUCUCCCGGUGAGCAGCGCCUUCCCCGAGAGCCUGCUGCGCCUGGGCGGCGGGGCGCGCGGCCGUCGCGAUGUUCAGCUGGCUGGGGACCGACGAUCGCCGGAGGAAGGACCCUGAGGUCUUCCAGACGGUGAGCGAGGGGCUCAAGAAACUCUACAAGACCAAGCUGUUGCCCCUGGAAGAGCAUUACCGCUUCCAUGAGUUCCACUCGCCGGCCCUGGAGGACGCCGACUUCGACAACAAGCCCAUGGUCCUGCUGGUGGGCCAGUACUCCACCGGGAAGACCACCUUCAUCAGGUACCUGCUGGAACAGGAUUUCCCCGGCAUGAGGAUCGGUCCCGAGCCGACCACUGACUCCUUCAUCGCGGUGAUGCAGGGCGAUGUGGAGGGCAUCAUCCCGGGCAACGCCCUGGUGGUGGACCCCAAGAAACCCUUCCGGAAACUCAACGCCUUCGGCAACGCCUUCCUGAACAGGUUCGUGUGUGCCCAGCUGCCCAAUCCCGUGCUGGAGAGCAUCAGCGUCAUCGACACGCCGGGGAUCCUGUCCGGGGAGAAGCAGAGGAUCAGCCGAGGCUACGACUUCGCAGCUGUCCUCGAGUGGUUUGCCGAGCGUGUGGACCGCAUCAUCCUGCUCUUCGACGCCCACAAGCUGGACAUCUCCGACGAGUUCUCGGAGGUCAUCAAGGCCCUCAAGAACCAUGAGGACAAGAUGCGGGUGGUGCUGAACAAGGCGGACCAGAUCGAGACGCAGCAGCUGAUGCGCGUCUACGGCGCCCUCAUGUGGUCACUGGGCAAGAUCGUGAACACACCCGAGGUGAUCCGGGUCUACAUCGGCUCCUUCUGGUCCCACCCGCUGCUCAUCCCCGACAACCGCAAGCUCUUCGAGGCUGAGGAGCAGGACCUGUUCAGGGACAUCCAGAGUCUGCCCCGAAAUGCUGCGCUGCGCAAGCUCAAUGACCUCAUCAAGAGAGCCAGGCUGGCCAAGGUGCACGCCUACAUCAUCAGCUCCCUGAAGAAGGAGAUGCCCUCGGUGUUCGGGAAGGACAACAAGAAGAAGGAGCUGGUGAACAACCUGGCUGAGAUUUACGGCCGCAUUGAGCGGGAGCAUCAGAUCUCGCCUGGAGACUUCCCGAACCUCAAGCGGAUGCAGGACCAGCUCCAGGCCCAGGACUUCAGCAAAUUCCAGCCGCUAAAGAGCAAGCUCCUGGAGGUGGUGGAUGACAUGCUGGCGCACGACAUUGCCCAGCUCAUGGUGCUGGUGCGCCAGGAGGAGACCCAGCGGCCCGUCCAGAUGGUGAAGGGAGGAGCGUUCGAGGGCACCCUGCACGGCCCCUUCGGGCAUGGCUACGGGGAAGGGGCUGGGGAGGGCAUCGACGAUGCGGAGUGGGUGGUGGCCAGGGACAAGCCCAUGUACGACGAGAUCUUCUACACCCUGUCCCCGGUGGACGGCAAGAUCACAGGCGCUAAUGCGAAGAAGGAGAUGGUGCGCUCCAAGCUGCCCAACAGUGUGCUGGGCAAGAUCUGGAAGCUGGCAGACAUUGACAAGGACGGCAUGCUGGAUGACGAGGAGUUCGCCCUGGCCAACCACCUCAUCAAAGUCAAGCUGGAGGGGCACGAGCUGCCCAACGAGCUGCCCGCCCACCUCCUGCCCCCCUCCAAGAGGAAAGUCGCUGACUGACGGGAUGAGGUGUGGCGGGAGGGGCUUCGACAGGCAGGUGUUGGAGAUGGGAGUGGUGACCACACACGUGCACACAUGCUCACACACAUGCACACACAUGGGAAGCAGAUCCAUUCCCACAUCUCCAGGCUGACCCUGCUUGGGACAUAACCAAGUUCUUGGAGUUCUAGAAAGAGGAAGCACUCCAGGUCCCAGGGCUCGAGCCUGUGCCUCCGUUCCUCUGGCCCUCCUAUCUCUCACUCCCUAAAGACCCAAGGCAAAUCACUCGCCCAGAGAUGGCUCACCCAGCCCAGAUCCGCCCCCCUCAGUGCCUCCAUACACGGGCUUUGAGCAGAUGCAGACAGCUUCUCACAUAACAGGCAACUCACUUCUUUCUGUGCAUUUAUUCUUCCCUCUUCGGCUUCCUACUAAGAAAUGUUCUCAGGGGCUAGGAGGUAUGAGGGAAGGGGGCAGUGGCAAGGAGAAUGGAGGAAGGGCAGCUCCUCCAGGGCACUGGGGCCCCCAGUGUUCUCUCCUCAUCUGAGACUGUCUUCCUCAGUAAACUUGGCUUUGAACUUCACUUCGAAGAUCCCAGAGUGGAAGAGAGGAGAGACAGUAAUGGUAGGAAAGAGUGAGGGUGCUGUCCUGCAGCCUUUCCUUCAAAAUCACCCCAGGGCACCAAUGCAGGGCCGUUCUUCAUCCCACCUGGCCCGUGGUGUUGAGAUGCUUGUCCUUGACCCACACUGACCCAGCCUGCACUGUGUGCGUGACCCUGAGUGGCUGUCACUGAUGUCACAGCUCAGUAUGCAUCCGCGCCUACCCUCGCUGUGCACAGCAGAGCCUCUCACAAGACUGUGUAGAGCCCAGGUCACAGAAGUCACUGCGAUGCAGAGGGGAUACACAGCCAGGCCCUCAGACCCCCAGACUCUCCCCUGUGCUGGGAUGUAUGCAGGAUCCCAGCACUGCUACCCCAUGACAAACCACAGAGCACAGUCCACAGUCCGGCCUGCAGGACCCCUCCCAGCAGGCUGGCAAGGGGAGGUGGCCUCGCCAGCAUUGGGUGGGCCAUCAUUCCGACCAUCUGUCACGUCACAGGAGAAAAACCGUGCCUUCAGGCUGUGCUCCCCAUGUUCCUGCCAUCACCCAAGGCCAGCAGCAGCAGCAGCAGGAGCAUGGGCAGCCUGCUGGAGGCUGUUUGAGCCUGCCCCUGCCCAGCCUCCCCCUCAGCAGCCUGCAUCAGCCCAGCUCCCACACAGCCACCACUCUUGGAUCAGGUGGGACUUUGUGCUCACUCACAGCAGGCUAACUGGAGAGGUCUGGGGUCUCCUUCCCUGUGGCGUCCCCAAGGACUCUGACCUGUCCUGGGCAAAUCCCCGCCACACUCAGUGCCCUACAGCCCCCUCCACGGCCUCUCCCCUGGCUUGCUCCCUGGCCGCUCUGUCCACUCACUUUGUAUGCUGUGCUCCUCCUGUGAUGGGAAACAACGCAAGGAUAACUUAUUUUGUACCUGUGUUCUGACGAUAGAAUAUUCUAUGUAUCGAUGACGUGCUUACUACUGCAGUGCAUUGUCCUUACUCAUGAUAAUACAGCACACUUAAUCCUUUGGUA